AUGCUCGAGGAAGAGCAAUUCUCCUCGAACAAGGCUGAAUACGUUUGGAGCUUAAUUGUCAUGUCUACUCUGCUACUAGGAAUAUCCCCCCUUAUCAACUUGCCUUUCUUAUCAACAGCAUUGUCUUCAGCUUUGGUUUACGUUUGGGCGAGAAGUCACCCAAAUGCUCAAAUUGGUCUCUUAGUAUUCAUAAUUAGAGCCAGCUACCUCCCUUGGGCUAUUGUUAUGCUUUCGUGGGCGAUUACAGGUAGAGCUUCUGCAGCUAGGACCGAGUUGGCUGGUAUAGCAGUAGGUCAUGUCUGGCACUUUUCAAAGUCAAUCUGGCCAAAAGAACUCGCUGCGAGAGGCAAACCACUGCUACCAACUCCUAGAUUCCUGACAGAGACGUUGAACAGUUAA